AUGGCCGAGGUCGGCGAGGACGGCGGGGCCCGCGCCCUGCUGGCGCUGCGCUCGGCGCCCUGCAGCCCGGUGCUGUGCGCCGCCGCCUUCCCGCCCGCCGCGCCCGCCGCCGCCCCGUCGCCGCCGCCGCCCGCCCAGCCCCCGCCGCCGCCGCCGCCGCCGCCGCCGGGCGCGAUCGCGGGGGGCGCGGCGGGCGCGGCGGGCGAGGCCCUGGUGGCCGCGGCCGCCGCCUCGGUGCGCCGGAGCCCCGGGCCCGCGCUGGCGCGCCUGGAGGGCCGCGAGUUCGAGUUCCUCAUGCGGCAGCCCAGCGUCACCAUCGGCCGCAACUCGUCGCAGGGCUCGGUGGACCUGAGCAUGGGCCUGUCCAGCUUCAUCUCGCGGCGCCACCUGCAGCUCAGCUUCCAGGAGCCGCACUUCUACCUGCGCUGCCUCGGCAAGAACGGCGUCUUCGUGGACGGGGCCUUCCAGCGGCGCGGCGCGCCCGCCCUGCAGCUGCCCAAGCAGUGCACCUUCCGCUUCCCCAGCACGGCGAUAAAGAUCCAGUUCACGUCGCUGUACCACCAGGAGGAGGCCCCCGCGUCCCCCCUGCGGCCGCUCUACCCUCAGAUCUCCCCGCUGAAGAUCCACAUCCCGGAGCCGGACCUCCGGAGCCUGGUCAGCCCCAUCCCUUCCCCGACCGGCACCAUCAGUGUCCCCAACUCCUGCCCAGCCAGCCCCCGAGGGGCCGGCUCCUCCAGCUACCGCUCCGUCCAGAACGUGACCUCCGACCUGCAGUUGGCCGCAGAGUACGCCGCGAGGGCCGCUGAGCAGCAGGCCGACACGUCCGGAGGGGACAGCCCCAAGGACGAGUCGAAGCCGCCGUACUCCUACGCUCAGCUCAUUGUGCAGGCCAUCUCGUCCGCGCAGGACCGACAGCUGACCCUGAGCGGCAUCUACGCACACAUCACCAAGCAUUACCCUUACUACCGCACGGCCGACAAGGGCUGGCAGAACUCCAUCCGCCACAACCUCUCACUGAACCGCUACUUCAUCAAGGUCCCUCGCUCCCAGGAGGAGCCAGGGAAGGGGUCCUUUUGGCGGAUAGACCCUGCCUCGGAGACCAAGCUGGUGGAGCAGGCGUUCCGGAAACGGAGGCAGCGGGGUGUCUCCUGCUUCCGCACCCCCUUCGGGCCGCUGUCGUCCAGGAGCGCCCCAGCUUCACCCACCCACCCCGGGCUGAUGUCCCCACGUUCCAGUGGCCUGCAGACUCCAGAGUGCCUGUCCCGGGAGGGCUCGCCCAUUCCACACGACCCUGACUUUGGGGCCAAGUUAGCUUCUGUUCCCGAGUACCGCUAUUCCCAAAGCGCACCCGGCUCUCCGGUCAGCGCCCAGCCGGUGAUCAUGGCCGUGCCGCCCCGGCCGCCCAGCUUGGUGGCCAAGCCCGUCGCCUACAUGCCAGCGUCCAUCGUGACGGCCCAGCAGCCCUCGGGCCACGCCAUCCAUGUGGUGCAGCAGGCGCCCCCGGUCACCAUGCUCAGGGUGGUCACCACCUCCGCCAGCUCCGCCAAUGGAUACAUUCUCGCCAGCCAGGCCGCGGCGGGGGGCGCCCACGAGGCGGCGGGCACGGCUGUGCUGGACCUGGGCAGCGAGGCGAGAGGCCUGGAAGAGAAGCCCACCAUCGCACUCGCCACCAUCCCCGCCGCCAGCCGGGUGAUCCAGACGGUGGCCAGUCAGAUGGCCCCGGGGGUCCCGGGACACACGGUCGCCAUCCUGCAGCCAGCCACGCCAGUGACCCUGGGGCAGCACCACCUCCCGAUCCGCGCCGUCACUCAGAACGGCAAGCACGCCGUCCCCACCAGCAGCCUCGCCGGCAACGCUUACGCCCUCACCAGCCCUCUGCAGCUCCUCGCGGCCCAGGCCAGCUCAUCCACGCCGGUGGUGGUCACACGCGUGUGCGAGGUGGGGCCCGAGGAACCGGCAGCCACCAGCACAGCGCCCCCCACCGCCGCCUCCACCUCCCCCACCGGGGAGCCCGAGGUCAAGAGGUCCCGAGUGGAGGAGCCCGUGGGGACUGUGACUGCACAGGCCGGCGUGAUGGCAGCCGCCGGCACGCAGGGCCCCGGGACCGGGGAGUGACGUCGCGGCAUGGAGGUGGAGUGGGACACACGCCAGACGGAGCUCCGGGGCCGGAGCGGGGCGGCUGACCCCGCCGCCCCUGGGACUGAGACAGGCUGAGCUCGGGGCCACACAGGCGGGCAGGACGCCUCCAUCCGCCUGCACCCGGACACUCGUCCUCCCGCACCUGUCUCCUGCCCCUGCUCUGGUUUCAAACAAAAACACAUAAACGCGUUCAGACAGCUGAUUGUACGAUUCUGGAAUUCUUUGUCUUCGUUUCCUUCUCCCCCGCCCCAGCACCACCUUAUCUCCCCAAGCCUUUCGCCAAGGGCGUGGGGAGAAGGUCGCAGCCCAGCGUCUCCGGGAACGUGUCCAGGCAGCCCGGCCCUGCACAGAAGCCAGGCUCCCAGAGUGGUCUUCAUCCCCAGAAGGGACGGAAGCACGGGCAGGGGGCACCAGCCCUGUCUGUAAGCAACUGGACCCGGGCAAGAGACGCAGAGCCGCCAGCUGUCAGACCGUCCCUGUCGCUGCUGCUUCUAAAGUGACCCCGAAAGUGUCAGCAUUAACUGGACAGAGGGGACGGGUCUGGUCUGGCUUUGGGACCCAUGUGUUUCCGGUUUUGUUGAAAGGCGGAAUUGAGGCUUCACCGACGGCCUGAGACAGACGCAGAAGGGAUAGCCAGUUCCUGAGGUUUCCACCCGUAGACGGUUUAACAGCUGGGAAGGUGUGGGUCUUCCCGGCAUCAGUCCCCACAGAGAGAACUCUUGCCACUCCGUCUGCUAACUUCAAGGAAGACCGACGGCCUCCUGGACUGGAGCUCAAAGCAGGGAGCUGUUUGGAUGAGAGGUCUGCCUGCAGCGUCUGCCCUCGUCCCGGCCACACCAGCUUGCUGGGGGCAGAAGGAGAGGGCCACCUCCGCAGGAGGACUGUCAUGCCAAGUGGCACCAUUUCCCGGCGGCUCUGACGUCUGGGGGCCCCAUGGCUGCCCACCCAGCCUCCUCACCAGCUGCCAGGGUUUCUACUGCCCAACAGCCUGCCUGCCGUUACUGACCAAAACCAGCUCUGCCACCCCGGCGUUCUCUGUGGCUUCCUGUCUGGGGUGAGUGCAGAGCGUGAGAGUCAGCGGGUCGAGCCUCCGGCACCGCUGGGCUGGCCCCGCAGGUCCUGGGCAGGGCUGGGGGGCCAUCGUCUCUUUCUCUUCCAUCACUGCUCAGCCUGGGCCUGCUCGCUCACAGACCGUCCUCCGGGCCACAGCUCGCCUCCCCCGGAGACAGACGCCAGGCUGGCCGGUCGGAGAACAUGCCCCGCUCUGGCCCCUCCGCCUGGCCCGACCAGUCUGGCCCGACGCCCUGUGUUCUGACUUCGAGGCGUUUGGGUUUCUGUGUGUUACCAUUGACACCCUCACUGUUUUAUUCUGGUGGUGGUUCAGGGAGAAAGGAGUGGAGGCGGGAGGUGUGCGUGGCUGGAACUGGGAGGGAGACCGGACGGGGUGUCCUCAGGGACAUUCUGCCACGUGGCGAGCGUGUGCCUUUUUAGCUCCUUCUGGGCAGAAGGGACCCUGUGGGGCCAGGUCCAGGGGACCAGCCACUUCAGGUUCCUGGUGAGCCUCUGGGUGAGCUUUUGGUCAUCUCCCCAGACGGCCCGUGGCACCCGCCAGCACUUGUCCUGAGACCAGGAGGUCAGGAGUGGGCAGCUCCCCAGGGAAGAUGCUGCUGUAGCCGGAAAGAUCCCUGGUCUCCUCAGAGUCCCCCAGGCCGUGGGUCCACACCUGCCCCUGCCACACGUGUCCGCAGGAGCCAGAGCGGCCAGGAGAGCCGGCAGCCAUGGCCUUCCACACACCUGGGUUGUGGCACGUGGACUGACCCACCCGAGGCUGGAAAGUCAACCUGGCCUGACGCUGGGGCCAAGGCCGCCUCGGGCCACGCAGGGGCUGGACUCUGCAGAGGGUAGGCUGGGUGGGUGGCUCGGGCCCUGUAAUCACAGCAGCUCACUCUCCAUCCGGGUACCAGGCCCGCCUGUCUGGCUGCGCUCCACAAGUCGUUACCUUUACCAGCGCCAGACACGGGAGGGCGCCGCUCUGCACGGCAGGGAGUCCCGGAAAUCCCUGCCUUUACCCCGCCGAGCGCCCUCCCCUCCGGCCAGUGUCACCGGCUCGCAGGCCCAGGGUGGACACUGAGUGUCCCUCAUCCGCCAUCUGCAUCUCUACGUGAAGCUCCAGGUCGCCUGGCAUUGUCGAGUGCGGAGCCAGUGGUCAGGGUUCAGACCAUCUGUCCUCCCCCCACCCCCACCCCAGGAUCCCCUAUGAGGUCGGAUUCGCACUAGGGGGCCCACCCGGGCCGGACACCAUCACCUCCUCCUCCCUCGCUGCAGGGGAUCCACAGUCUUUCUGCCACCUGGGUGGCUCCCGUUCGCAGUGUGCUGUUGGUGGGAGGUGGUUUUUUCUACUUCAGAAUUAAGCCAAAUGGAGAAGGUGAAAAGUGGACGUCUGAGCUGCUAAUUAACACGCACUGGUGAUUCUCAGGCGGGAGGAGGUGGACUUGGUGGGGCCUCCAGGCUGCUGGCUGCUUACCCAGACCCCGCUGGGCCUGGAGGGAGAUUGGUUUAGGUCACAGCAGGCCUUGGUCAGCUGGGGCUCUCACUUCCCCUAAAGAAAGGUCUGCGUGGACCGGUCAGAGUGAGCCUCCCGGCUCCCAGGGCGCGUCCCGAGGUCUCUAGACAGAAAUUCCUUCAGUGGCCCCUUGAAAUUCAGGAAGAGAAAGAAUUUUUUGGCUUUUUUUCUUUGGUCAGUUUCUUCCUUUUUGGAGGCAAAGACAAGACCGAAUGUGAGCGUGUGUUAGAGAAGAGGGUCCUUUGUGCGAAUCCUUUGGGGUUUAGCCUGAGGGGCGGUUGAGGCGGAGAAGGAGCUGUCUUCUUCCCAAGCCCCAGGUUCUGCUUUGCCCCGAGAUGGCUUCGUCUGGGAUGGGGACUGCCGUGCCCCCGGGAACCAGCUUCGGGCGCCAUCAAGCUCACGGCUGCCCCCAUGGCUUAAGUGCCAGCUAAGCCGCGCGCUGCCUGUUCCAGAAUAAGUUACCAAAAAUGAUGGUGAGGCGCUGCAAGUAAUCAUGGAUGGAGCUGCUAGACAGGCCCCGGCGGGGGGCCGGGGGGCGGGGGUGCCAGUGGGAGCCGCGCCCUCGCGGCCAGCUGCUCUAGGCCGCCCUCGGGGAUACCUCUGCCCAGAAGCGAGGUGACUUACCACGCGUCAUUUAUGUUAUUCACACGUGCUGCUACGAGGCGGGGACAGACCCCAGGAGGAGGGGGCUCUCUGGGGGGGGGGGGGGGGGGGCGGGGAGCAGUGGCCUCUGUCCAUGGUCCUCAGGCUGCUCUCACGCGUUUCGUGAACUCACUCAUCUCACUCGUCCCCUCCUCCAGGCCUGUUUGCAUCGUGCGGACCCGCCCUUCCCGCCAGGGCCCCAACCUCUUGCCUUUUCUCUCACCCCCAGAAGCUGCUCCCCCCUGGGUCCGAGGGCCAGUCUGGGCCAUCCGUCACCACGCAGCCCCUGGGGUGGCCUCAUCCGACCGUGAGGGGCCCACCCGGAGUCACCGCCGCCCUUCAGCAUGCUGUGUUUGACACACACCACGAGCCUCUGCUCUGAAUGUAAACAGAAAGCGGGCCCGUUGGCUGAGUGUGUUUGGGGAAAGUAGUUUUGCUCUUCUGCUGAGGACGGUCACUUGCCGCCCCCCCAGCACCGCCAGGCUGUCGCUCUGCCCCCAUCCACGGGGUCAUCCCCUCCUGCCCUUAUCCCCGGGGACAUAGGAGACUCAGCAGAGGGGAGAGGUUGGAAGGAUUCGUGUCUCUGGGUUUGACAAGACCCCCCGCUCUGUCCCCAUCGUGUCCGAGUGAAUGUCCCAGCAGCCGCAGUGAGGUCUGAUUGUGUGCAGAACUUGCCCUGCCCCCGCCCCCAGCUGCAGGCCUGGCCCCGCCCCCAGCUGCAGGCCUGGCCCCGCCCCCCAGCUGCAGGCCUGGCCCCGCCCACCACCGGGAGACAGGAGGCCUCCUGCAGGCUCAGCGCUGACCAGGAGGGACGUCUGUGCUCUUGUCUUCACGCAUCCCUGAGCUGGAGAUCUCAAGUAGGCGAGCCUUAGGGUGCUCAGCGUCUUUUCCGCUCCCUCUCAGUAUUCUAGGGAAGACUGAGGGCUGCAGGCACUUUGAUUUUAGGCAUCUUUCUUUUUCUCCAGGGAGGAACCUCGCUCAGAGGAUUUCAUUCAUUCCUUGGACCUGCUUGUCAUGCGGGAAGCAACUGGGAACAGGUCCUGAGAAGACAAAUUCGGGAGGGGGAGGCAGGGAGCGGCAGCAGACAGGCUUCUCUACUUUGGUUAAUGGGCUGAACACUGGCUGCAUGGGACCCCUCACCCUCACCCCCACCCCCGCCCAGCCGGUUACACCCUUCUUCUUCUUCUUCAGGUUACACCCUCCAUCACCCUUUUGCUUCCAAGGGAGACAAGAGGUCCUCAAGCUAUUAUCACUCUCUUGCCCCAGAUGCGUUAUCUUAAGAGUCAAAAUAGAAUUGGAAGAAUUCUAGGUCAUUAUUCUUUGUUUGAGAUGCUUUUUCUGCAAUCGGUGGCUCAUUGGACUCAUCCAAAUAUUUAUUGGUGGGUCACUUUGCGUGAGAAACAGUAAAAAGUGCAGGGGAGUCCAGCCCCAAGAGGGAUGUGGUUGUUUAGCACUGUGACCCCCCUGGGCUAACAUCUUGGUGGUCCCACUCACUAAAGAUUCCAUGCUGCUUAUGUGAAGGUUUUUCUUAGUUGCUGGUGGCUCAGCUGGUAAAGAAUCUGCCUGCAAUGCGGGAGACCUGGGUUUGAUCCCUGGGUUGGGAAAGGCUACCCACUCCAGUAUUCUGGCCUGGAGAAGUCCAUGGACUGUAUAGUCCAUGGGGUAACAAAGUUGGACAUGACUGAGCAACUUUCACUCACUUACUUACUUUCUUAGCUGCAGUGAUAAGACCGGCCCCUCUCAAGCUGUUGCCGUGACCCCCAAGGAAUGCUAUGAGCUGUCUCAAAUUCUGAGCAUAUUGGCUGAGCUGGAAUGAGGCCUGUGAACCUGAAAUGGAUUUCUUGUGCUUGAAGUUAACUGGCCAAAAGGCUAUGGAACUACGCCUGUGGCUUCUUAAGAUCUUAGCCUCUAAAUUUCUGACUUAAGUUGGCCAAAAAAAGUUUUAGUAAGUAAAAAUAGGAUUUAAAAAUCAAACGUUCUUAAGUCUGGCCUCUCCCAGCUUCCUUCCAGGAUGGGCUUUCUGGGUACCUGGUCAAGGGGGACCGACCCUGCUCCGUUUCUGCUUUAGGACAGGGACAGGGAGGAGAGACGAAAGUGUGUCCUUGAUUCUUGCUUAUAUUCAGACCCAGAUCCCGGGCAGCUUGGCGCAGGUGGGCAAGGGAUAAACCCAGCAUGGAUUGUGUUUUCUUAUCUGACAAUUAGCCUGUAAAGAUCCUUUAGCGGGGGCGGGUGUUGUUAGGGGUCGUGUCUGUGUGCAUUUUUGGUUUUUUUUUUUUUUUUCAUGGUGGCCGUCUAAAGUUUUUUCCACAAUACGUUUAAUCAUCAGUGCUUUAAAAAAGUGGCAGUAUCCUGUAGAGUGGGACUUAGGCUCCGUGGUGUGUUGGGUGGGAGGCUGAAGUCACGUCACGUGGCCUUGUUUCACCGUCUGCAUGUGGGUUCUGGCCUCUGGGGCACCCAGCAGGGACACACACCCCAACACCUGGGCAGGGUGGGGGGGGGGGUGGGUGCAAGUGGGAGAGGGACUCACCUCAGCUAGGCCGGCCUGCAUUUUCAUUUCAAAUGGGAUACAGUAUUUUUUUUUUAAUAAGGAGCCAUACUUUUUUUUAAAAAAUGUUUGAGAUCUGAAUGUGAUUUCUAAUUGUACCAGACGUUAAUGUUUUAAAACUAUAACAAAGUUUUAAAAUUUCUACUUUUUUUUUUUUCAUUUAACUGUUCUUUUAUCUAUUAAAUUGUUGUAUGUGGACGGGGAAGUUUUGUCUCUCCUCUUAGCAUUUGUUUCUAUAACCAGAAAUAAAAUUAUAUAUUAAAGAAACGA